CGAACAGCAAAGGGACAUUCCUAUUCUCUCGGUGUUGAAUAUAUUAUAGCUAGGUAUCUCGGUACUUUCGUUUUCUCUUUCAAAAGAGGAGCUGCUCAGAAAACCCAUCAUGUCGAAGAAACGGACAAUCGACAGCUUCUUUGGUUCUUCUACCAAAAAACAAAAGACAAACAACUCCGAGGAUGAGCAGAUUCUGAAAUCGGAGCAUUCUACCUAUCCAUUUCCAAUACUGCACCUCCCGCAAUCAAUCAGCAAAGAGCUUGCUUCUUACCCAGCUGUUCCCGCUCGCGCAAUUAAUGACCAACCAGACCUUGACUUGCUGUACUUUGAGCCGUACAUACCACCAUACGUAGCCAAAGAUUGGUUCGACUUUCUCCGUUCAAGUCUACCGUUUUACAGAGUGGAGUAUGACAUCAACAGGGGAGGCAUCAAGACCCAUAUCAAAACACCAAGAUAUACCACUGUAUUUGGGCUCGAUGACACAAGCCGCUUCGAUGAAGCCGGCAACGUAGUCGACGCCAAGACAUCCAAGCCCGUCCCGCCCGGUGCUUACGCGCGGUACAAGCCACGGCCCAUCCCAGCUUGCCUGGACGCACUGCGGAGGUCUACCGAGGCCGCGACGGGCUGCGUCUUCAACUUCUGCCUGGUCAACUACUACGCCUCUGGCGCCGACAGCAUCUCGUACCACAGCGACGACGAGCGGUUCCUGGGCCGGGACCCAGCCAUCGCCUCCUUCUCGCUCGGCGCCAGGAGGGACUUUAUGCUCAAGCACAAGCCAGCCCCUCCAGGGACGGACGAGGCAGCAUCGGCAUCUUCAAAAUCCCCGCUGAAGCUGCCGUUGGCCGGGGGCGACAUGGUGCUGAUGCGGGGCCCCACGCAGGCGAACUGGCUGCAUUCGAUACCGAAGCGGACGGGGAAGAACGAGAAGGAUGGGGGCAGGAUAAAUAUCACUUUCAGGCGGGCUAUGGUCAAGGCGGGGACGGAUAAUUAUUAUAAUUAUAAUGUGGGAAACGGAAGUGUAUAUGUUUGGGACAAGUCUGGGAAGGAGAUGGUUCUCUGGAAGCCCUAA